AUGCUCUGCCUCUCCCUUUCUCUUCCUUUUUGCUGCUUUAUUUAUUUAUUUAAUUUUCUCUACCUUAUUGUUAGUGCUACUGAGGGGAGGUGUGUGUGCGUGUGUGGUGAGAUGCAUGGUCAACGAUGUGAGGCACCGGUACCAACGGGAGUUUUCUUCUUCCGUUUUUUUGACUGUUUCUUGUUACUGAUUGGACUGUUUGUGGUUUACUUGGCGGUGAAGCUGGAGUACCAGGUGGACCUAUUGAGUGCCGUGUGGAACGUAUACUUGAAGCCUAAUUAUGAUGAUGAUCUUUGA